UACUUAAACUCUCGCAUUUCUCCGUCUAUCACUCACUGUGUGUGGAUGAAAAUGAAGUCGAGGUCGAAGUCGAGGCUUGCGUGCGUCUUCUGCGUAACGCUUGGGUGCGCCGUGGCGCUCAUCCUGGUGUGCGCGCUGCUGCUCAUGCGGAUGCAUCGGUGUUGCGAGGAUGACUUCACACAUGGCGCAGUGGCCGCAGACUCUCAUAUGUGCUCGGAGAUAGGCAGGGAUAUUCUAAUAAAAGGUGGCUCGGCGGUAGACGCUGCUAUUUCUGCGCUGCUAUGUACAUCACUAGUUAAUCCUCAGAGCAUGGGAAUCGGAGGAGGCUCCAUCUUCACUAUCAUGGACAAAGAAGGUGAUGUGACUGUGAUCAACUCAAGAGAAACAGUCCCUAAAAGCAUCCCAUCAGACCUGCUGGACAAAUGUCCCACUUCUAUAACAUUUGAUAACAUUGGUAAAGAGUGGAUUGGUGUUCCAGGUGAGCUGCGUGGUUAUGCUGCUGCUCACUCCAAGUUUGGAAAACUGCCUUGGAAUCAACUGUUUGAACCCGUCAUCAAACUGGCCAGAGAAGGCUUUCCUGUUCCGCCAUACCUCGCUCUGCUUCUCAGACACCCAAUAAUCACUAAACUGGUGGAGACCACAUCACUGUGUCAAUUAUUUUGCCAUGAGAAUAAAACGGUUUUCGGUCAAGGAGACAUACUACGAUACCCAAAACUUGCUGAGACUCUGGAAAUAAUUGCAAAAGAAGGGGUUGAUGCUUUUUAUACUGGCAAAAUCGCACAAGACUUAAUCGAAGAUGUGGAGAAAGCAGGUGGAUCAUUGUCAUUAGAUGAUCUAAAAUCUUUUAAGGAGACAUCCAGUAAAGCAAUUUCGGUUCCUUUGGGUGAUUUUACGAUGCACUUCCCUCCUCCCCCAUCAGGGGGCGCUCUACUGAGCUUCAUCCUCAGUGUCAUGCAGGGCUUUGGACUUUCUCCAUCGUCUGUGAAAGGAGAGGAGAGGAAACUGACCCUUCAUAGGUACAUAGAAACUCUAAAGUUUGCAAACGGACAGAGGAAGAGUAUCAGAGACCCACGGUACAGCCGACACGGAGUAAACCACCUGAUGGAGGAAGACUUUGUCAAUCACAUCAGGUCAAUGAUCACCAAUAGUGGUAAACACCCGCCAUCGUACUACAACGUCACUCCCUCCACUGAUGGAUUUGGGACAACGCACGUUUCUGUUCUAGCGAGUGACGGCUCAGCCGUUUCUGUCACCAGCACCAUCAAUCACUUUUUUGGAUCAAGUGUCUAUUCUAAUAAAACGGGGAUCAUACUGAACAACGAGCUGAUGGAUUUCUGUGGAAGAGUAAAUUCUGUCUCUGCAGGUGAACAGCCUCCAUCCUCCAUGUCACCUGUUAUUAUCCACUCAAAGAACCGAGAGAAAGUUCUAGUUAUCGGGGGAUCUGGAGGGAGUCAGAUUAUCACCGGCAUAGCUACAGCUAUAAUGAACAAGCUGUGGUUCGGGAUGAACCUGGAAGACGCCAUCAAAGACAAAGUGGUUUUUGUCAAAUCGAGUAAUUUAGUGCAUUUAGAGCCAGGCUUUGAUGAGUUGAUGAGAGAUGCCAUGCAGACUUUCGGACACGACAUACAAAAAAAUGACAGACCUUUAAACGUUGUGAACGGCAUCAUGAAAGAGCACGGCUGCAUCAGGGCUGUCUCAGACAGUAGGAAAAAUGGAAAAUCAUCAGGUUACUGAUCACACUGGAGAAGAUUCAACAUACAAUGCUUUAAUUUGACUGUAGAGGAUAUAUGUAUGUGUGUGUGUGUAUAUAUAUGUAUAUAUAUAUAUAUAUAUAUAUAUAUAUAUACACACCAUGUCUAUAUGAUACCAUGUCUUAUACUGUAAAUCUCUUCCUACUUCUUACACCCUAGAGUAGAACAUGUAAUUUCAUGUAAUGUAGCACACUAAUACAGGGUUUAACUGAGUUUAGACUCCACUGUAAAAUAACACGCCAAGGACAUUUUACUCUAUUCAGUUUUGUUUGAAUUGUGACUAUCUAUACUCAAGAGAGUGAGCCAAACUUUAGCCAACUAAAUAAUGUGACAUUAUCGACUAUUUUUCAUGUAGCAUUAUACUUUAUAUGAUGUUUAAUACUGUUUUCUACUGUAUUUUCUACUGUUUUUUUAAAACUACAGAGGUUUUUUUUUAUCAAAUUCAAUGUUAUUUUUUUUGUUUAUAUUAGCCUUGCUGUUUUUAUCAUUUAUACACACAGGACCAUUAAACGAAAGCUGAAAUAUCAGGAAAAACUGUCCAAUAUUUUAGCAGUAGCAGGCAUUAAAAUGAUUACAAAUAUAAUGGGUUGUUUUAUGAUAUUUUUAAUGUGACCUUUGAUGUGUAGGUCUUGGUUAUAUCCGGUAUCACUUACAUGUUUUGCAUGUGUUUAUUGUAGAACAAUCUACAAACAUGUUUGGUUUUUUUCUAUUGUGUAAUAAAAUGAUUACUUUUUUGAAA